AUGGCUCAAAUCGGCAAUACAAGUCAAAUAUUAGUAGAUACUAUAGAUGUUUUUACAACUGAUCAAAAAUUUGCUACACCGGAUGUUGUUCUCACAUGGGCUCGAGAUGUUGGAGAUGCCAACAAAGUCAGUAUUAUCAUUACUCGAUCAGAUAAAAAGAACGGAAUAAGAGGUAGAAAUGACAAGUUGGUUUUAGGUUGUGAUAAAGGUGGAAAGUAUGACUCUUCAGAAAGUUCUACGACAACUGCAUCGAAAAAAUGUAAUUGUCCAUUUAAUAUUAGAGCUGCACCUUCAACAGGUGGUUCAGGAUGGAAAGUUCAGGUUAUUCAUGGAGUUCACAACCACGGGCUACCUGACCAAUAUCAUGGUCAUCCUCGCAAGGCACGUUUAACCACUGAUGAAAACAAACGUGUUCAAGAUUUGACAAAGCGUAAAGUAGCACCAAGACACAUUGUUUUAGAUUUGAAAGAUCAAAAUCCAGAGUCUGUUGUUGAUGCCACACUUGUAUAUAGGAAAAGACACAUGAUGCAAAUACAGGAAAGAGGCUCCAGAACAGAGCUGCAACACUUGCUGCAGUUGUUAGAUGAUGCAAAAUAUGUCAGCUGGAAUAGAAGAAAAGAUGAUGGCUCCGAUGUUUUGAGUGAUAUCUUUUGGGCGCAUCCAGAUUCAAUCAAGUUGUUGAACUUGUUUCCCAUUGUUUUGGUUAUGGAUCGCACAUACAAAACUAAUAAAUAUAGACAGCCACUGCUUGAAAUUACUGGCAUAACGUCAACUAACAUGGCAUUUGCUGUUGGAUUUGCUUACAUGGAAUCUGAGAAGACGGAUAAUUAUCAUUGGGCGUUAGGUAAGUUGAAGGAAUUGAUUACUAAGCAAGAUAUAUUUCCUAGAGUAAUUUUGACUGAUAGGGAGUUUGCUUUGAUGAAUGCAAUUAAAGAUAUAUUUCCACAUACUACUAACAUGCUUUGUACGUGGCACAUAAUCAAAAAUGUGAAUGCGAGAUGCACCGUGCAUAUACCUAAGGAUAUGCGACAGAAGGUGAAAAAUUUGUGGAGAGAUGUUGUUGAAAGUCCGGAUGAGGUGGAAUAUCAGCAGCGGUUGAAUGCGUUUCAGCAAGCAUGUGUUAAUUCAAGCAAAGUUGAGUCUGCACACUGGAAACUGAAGCAAAUGUUGGAACACAGCAAAGGAGACUUAUGCAAGUCUUUGAAAGGCAUGAAUGACAACAUAAGACUAGAAGUUGACAAAAUUAAGAAGUCUUUUCAAAAGAGUUUUUACUAUGCAGAGAAGACACACAUCAGUCAAUUUUUUCAAUAUUUGAGAAAUUUUGUCUCCAGGGCCGCUAUGACACUAAUUUCUGAUGAGAUGAAGAGAAUUGACAUUGUUGGAACAGAUAAAAACUUGUGUGGUUGCAAACUUAGGUCAACAUGUGAGUUACCUUGUGCUUGUGAAUUGAGUGGAUAUACAACCAGCGGUGUACCAAUACCAUUAGAUUCAGUUCACGGUCACUGGAAGAAAUUAACUAUGGAAGAACCAUUGGAGGAUGACAUAGAGGAUGGAUAUGAGUUGGACAUGAGUAAUGCAAUGGAGGCAAUAUGGACUCGAUUUCGGUCACUUGAUAUUGUUGGUAAAAGAGCGUUGAAGAGUAAAGUGUUUGAACUUGCUUAUCCAGCCUCAAGUUCAUUGUGUCCACCACCUGAAAAAAUAAAAACCAGAGGAGGAGUGAAGAACAAAGAUAAAGGCAAAGCACCAAAGGGUUAUGAUGUGUACCGUGAUCCAUCAUACUUUGAACAUGUUGAAAGAGAAUAUGGUGAUUCACAAGGUACAUCAAAGAGGUUGCGUACACAACUAUCUCAGCCAUCUCAGGAGCAACAAUCUCAACCAUCUCAAAAGCAACUAUCACAGAUGUCUAAAAAAUUGACAUCUCAGAAGUAUCUGGGGCAAUUUCCUGAUCAUAUACAUCCACAUAUUGUUGACAUUAUUGAAGUGUUAGGAGAUGGAAAUUGUGGUUUUAGAGCUGUUGCAUAUUUACUUGGUUACACAGAGGAAGCAAAUAGGUAUAAUGUUAUUUUAGUCACGUUGGGUAAACCUAGUCAGACCUUCUUUCCCAUGAUGACUUCAUAUUCCUCUUCAGCAAGGUUUUUUUGUUUCGGUUUUGUCAGUGGAAAUCAUUGGGUGCCGGUAAACAUGUCAAAGGGAUUUCCGUUGCCUGAAGUUACAGCUGAUUGGAAGAAAUUUCGUUCACAUGAGGCAACAUCUUGGAUGUCAAACUUAAACGGACGCCUACAAUAUUGGCAACUUCUAAAUCCUCCGGUGAAACCUCCUAGUGGUGUUAUGUCUGUUGAUUAA